AUGCCUCUAGAUUCUAAAUGGGCCACUUCGGAACCCAUUGUAGAAGAGGUUGCUGAAAAAAAACCAGCAAGGUCUGCAAAGAAAGUUUCAACAUCUCAUCGCUUUGAUUCAAAGAAGAAGCGUGGGUCCAAAAGUGCAGGAAAUGAGCCAACACUUAGUGUGGGUAGUGAUACGGAUGAAUACACUACGGAUAGUGAUUGGUCAAGACCUAAUAGCGGGAGAAAAUCUGCUAUAUUUGACAAGGGUAAGGGGAGAGAGAACCAUGGGUCGUCGUCACUAACCGAGAACCCUUUGGCGAAAGCGUUGGGAAUAAGUCUAGACCCUCCGGCUCCGGCUGAUAGGGAGGUGCCAACAAAGGAGCCUAAGAAUAGACAGCAUCAGCAGCAGCAGUCUAAGAAUUCCCAGCAUUCGAAGGCCCCUCAAGAGUCCGCUAACAAGGCUAAAAAGCCCAACGAGAAGAAGUCACAAGCGUUGAAAAAGAGGAUCGAGGAGCAAAAGAAAAAGUUAGAAGAGAAUAAGCGUAAAGCAGAGCAGAAGGAGCUUAUUAACUCGUUGCUAGAUGGCGAUAUAUCUUUCGAUUGGGAAGAUGACGAGUCCGAAUUGAUGGAGAAAUUAAAAAUCCAAGAGGGCUGA